GGCGGGGCCGGCGGUUCCAGUGGCGGCGGCGCGGGAGGGGCGCAGUGCCUGCUGAGCACCCUCCCGAGCGCGAUCUCCGGCCUGCUCGCCAUGGGCGACCACGACGUCUCCCCGAACCCCAAGGGCUCCUUCCGAAAGUUCCUGGAGCAACUCUCCGGGGCCGGCAAAGCCAUAGGCGUGCUGACCAGCGGCGGGGAUGCCCAAGGUAUGAAUGCUGCUGUCCGAGCUGUCGUGCGCAUGGGAAUAUACGUGGGGGCCAAAGUGUACUUUAUCUACGAGGGUUACCAGGGCAUGGUGGAUGGUGGCAGCAACAUUGUGGAAGCUGACUGGGAAAGUGUCUCCAGCAUCCUGCAAGUGGGAGGGACCAUUAUUGGCAGCGCCCGUUGCAAGGACUUCCGUUCUCGGGAAGGCCGCUUGAAGGCUGCUCAUAACUUGCUUCAGCUGGGCAUCACCAACCUGUGUGUGAUCGGCGGGGACGGGAGUCUCACCGGGGCCAAUAUCUUCCGGAAGGAGUGGAGUGGGCUGCUGGAGGAGCUGGCCCGGGAGGGCAAGAUCAACACAGAGGAGGUGCAGAAGCACGGGUACCUCAACGUGGUGGGGAUGGUGGGCUCCAUCGACAACGACUUCUGCGGCACCGACAUGACCAUCGGCACGGACUCUGCCCUGCACCGCAUCAUCGAGGUGGUGGACGCCAUCAUGACGACUGCCCAGAGCCACCAGAGGACCUUCGUCCUGGAAGUCAUGGGGAGGCACUGCGGGUACCUGGCCCUGGUGAGUGCGUUGGCCUGCGGGGCCGACUGGGUGUUCCUUCCAGAGUCUCCACCAGAAGAAGGUUGGCAGGAAAACAUGUGCAUCAAACUCUCAGAGAACCGUGCCCGGAAAAAAAGACUGAACAUCAUCAUUGUGGCUGAAGGAGCCAUUGACACCCAAAACAAAGCCAUCACCUCUGAGCAAAUCAAGGAGCUCGUGGUCACACAGCUGGGUUAUGACACUCGGGUGACCAUCCUUGGACACGUGCAGAGAGGUGGGACGCCUUCAGCCUUUGACAGGAUUUUGGCCAGCCGCAUGGGGGUGGAGGCCGUGGUCGCCCUCCUCCAGGCCACCCCCGAGACGCCGGCCUGCGUGGUGUCGCUGAGCGGGAACCAGGCGGUGCGGCUGCCACUGAUGGAAUGCGUGCAGAUGACCCAGGAAGUACAAAAGGCGAUGGAUGAGAGGAGAUUUAAGGACGCUGUGCAACUCCGAGGAAGGAGCUUUGAGAACAACCUGAACACCUACAAGCGGCUCGCCAUCAAGCUGCCAGACUCCCAGAUCCGUAAGAGCAACUGCAAUGUGGGCAUCGUGAACGUGGGUGCGCCCGCCGCCGGCAUGAACGCGGCUGUGCGCGCGGCCGUGCGCGUGGGCAUCGCCGACGGACACAAGGUGUUCGCUGUGUACGACGGCUUUGAGGGCUUCGCCAAAGGCCAGGUAAAGGAAAUUGGCUGGGCAGAUGUCGGCGGCUGGACCGGCCAAGGCGGCUCCAUUCUUGGGACAAAACGCACCCUCCCCGGGAAGUACCUGGAGGACAUCGCUGCUCAGAUGCACACCCAUGGCAUCAACGCGCUCUUGAUCAUCGGUGGAUUCGAGGCCUACCUGGGACUGUUGGAGCUGUCGGCCGCCCGGGAGAAGCACAAGGAGUUCUGCGUCCCCAUGGUCAUGGUUCCCGCCACCGUCUCCAACAACGUGCCCGGCUCCGAUUUCAGCAUCGGGGCAGACACCGCCCUCAACACCAUCACCGACACGUGUGACCGCAUCAAGCAGUCGGCCAGCGGGACCAAGCGCCGUGUCUUCAUCAUUGAGACCAUGGGGGGCUACUGCGGCUACCUGGCCAACAUGGGGGCGCUGGCUGCCGGCGCCGAUGCCGCCUACAUCUUCGAGGAGCCUUUCGACAUCCGGGACCUGCAGUCCAACGUGGAGCACCUGACGGAGAAGAUGAAGACCACCAUCCAGAGGGGACUCGUGCUCAGGGAAGGCCACGUGCAGCGGCGGGCAGGAUGGGAGCGAGCUGCCAUGUGUUUCAGGAACGAGAGCUGCAGUGAGAACUACACCACCGACUUCAUCUACCAGCUCUACUCAGAGGAGGGCAAGGGGGUGUUCGACUGCAGGAAGAACGUGCUGGGUCACAUGCAGCAGGGUGGGGCGCCUUCUCCAUUUGAUAGAAACUUUGGAACCAAAAUCUCCGCCAGAGCCAUGCAGUGGAUCAGCACGAAGCUGAAGGAGCCGGCGGGGAGAGGAAAAAGAUUUGUAAGUGACGAUUCCGUCUGUGUGCUGGGAAUAAGCAAAAGAAACCUGCUUUUCCAGCCCGUGGCCGAGCUGAAGGAGGAGACGGACUUCGUGCACAGGAUCCCCAAGGAGCAGUGGUGGCUGAAGCUGCGGCCCCUCAUGAAGAUCCUGGCCAAGUACAAGGCCAGCUUCGAGGUGUCGGACGCGGGCCAGCUGGAGCCCAUGCAGCCUCGCGGGCCCGAGGAGCCUGCCACCAUCUAGAUGCCCCACCUGCCAAUUUUGUAACGUUUAAGUUAUUUAUGAGCACUUUACGUGAGCAUCGUCCAAGUGAACCCUGAGCGUGGCCCACCUUCCCCGUCCCCUGGCACAGGGUGUCAGCUGUGCUGUCUUGUGUGUCCUGCUUCACAAACUGCGGCUCCCGCAGAAUUAAAUAUUUGCGAAAAGCCAA